AUGGCCACCUCUCCGCCGUCUCCAUUUCCACCCACACUGCCAAACCCGAAGAAGCGCCCCUCCAUGUCUUCUCAAACAUCCACAACUUCGGCAGCCAAACGCCGUCAACUACACCCGCUCCGACAGACCUCCUUCCCCGCAGCGGUUGCGGGUGCCUACGACUCCGCCAUUACGCCCUCGGCACGUUCCGAAACUGGUUCUAUUGCCAACAGCACCUUUUCAGCGACUAGCUCGAAGGUUCCCGGCCGAGGCAGGGGAAGGCCAAAAAAGAAUGCGCCUUUGCCUGCCGACAAAGAUGAUACCGCGCGAAGUACUACGACCAAGGGUGGCGCGGCCAAGUCGGUUGUGAGUGGGAAGUCGGGUGCGCGGUCAGAAGCAGGCGGUGAUGAAGACGAAGACGACGAUGAUGAAGAGGUGGAAGUGGAGAUCACGGCCGAUGAGAAGAAGCGCGAGGAGGAAGAGGAUACGCGUCGCGCAGAUCGCGAGCGCAUGCUGGCCAGCGCUUUCAAUGAGGAGCAGAGGACGAGAUAUACUCAGUACCGGAGUUGGAAGAUUGAACCCAAAAAUGUACGCCGCAUCAUUAACCAAGUGAUGAGCCAGAGUAGCGUGGACAGGGUGGUGAGCACGGUGAGCUGGACAAGCAAGCUGUUUGCUGGGCUGUUGGUGGAAGGUGCGAGAGAUGUGCAAAAGGAGUGGGCGGAGGCAUACGAUAAGACCCGCGAGGAAGAGAAGAAGUGGCGGCGGGCGGAGCUGGAGCGGCUGCUGUUGAAGAGGGAGGAGGGCGGCAUGGGCGAGCAAGAGAAAGUGCUCGUGCAGCGAGAUAUCGAGCGACUGAAGAAGGAGAGCGAGGAGUACAUACCCAACCCACAUCGGGGUGGCUUGCUGCCGGAUCAUCUCAGAGAGGCGUUGAGGAGGUACAAGGCUGAUGGGGAGGGAUUUGGGGCCGGCAUGCAAGGCAGCAGUCACAGUCUACUAGGUGUACCGGGCAGUGUGGCGUAUCGCGCUGGAGAUGGAACGACGGGCAGGAGGCUCUUCCGAUGA